AUGAAUAUCGCUUCUAAAUUCCGCCAUGCUCACUUACUACAGUUUAUCGGUGCCACUAAUGAUGAGGGAAACCCUCUGUUUGUGACCGAGCUGAUGGAGAAAAGUCUGUGCACUUUGUUGGACCAGCGGCAAUUCUCCCAGACAGAAAUAGCCGUCAUUUCUCUGGAUGUAGCACUUGCUCUAAACUACCUUCACCAGAAGAAACCAGAGCCUAUCAUUCAUCGUGACGUCAGCAGUGCUAAUGUGUUGCUAUGGCGACAGGCUGACCAAUGGAGAGGCAAAGUGUCAGAUUAUGGCACUGCUAAUUUCAUGCAGCAGACCAUGACAGUGGCUCCUGGAGCUAUGAUUUACAGCGCACCUGAAGCACUUACAUCAAACCAAACGGUCAAGGUAAGUUUUAGUCACUGUUCAAGACUGUUAACAUUGGCAUAAAACUUCUUUCAUAAAACAGUGGCGCAAACUUCUUUCCAUACAUCGUAUAUCGGUCGUGGUUUUCUCUUUCCAUUGUUAUCGUCGGGGCUUACGGAAGAAGCAGCGGCCUGAGUUUUUUGACUUUAUGAUGGCACUGUGUAAAGUUAUGUUUGUGGUUAGUUUUUUUUUUCAAGCGGAGUAGAAAACUGUGUCUGUUUAGCCUCUUGAAUUAUGCAACGGACAAUUUUAUUGCAAAGUGUCCUGUUGAAUAUCUCGUUUUAGUACAUACACACUCUAGGAUCUUGGUGAUUUAAGCAAUCUGAUUGGUUCGCUAUCUCGGACUAUUCAACAAUAUUCACCUCCUAGCGAGUGGAUAAUGUGUGAGCUCGGUGUUUUUCCCAUUUUUUUACAGAACGAUCUUUUAAAAGUCGACAAAAUCCUAGGGCUGCUAGAAAAUACUUUUAAGAGCGGCUGCGCGUAAUUAUCAACUAGACGUGGAAAUAGUCAAAGAAUGACCUGGCCUCAAACUCAGCCAGAAUAAAGCCCUAUGGGCCCUAGUUAUAAAAUCGUUGAUUUAAGUACGAUCGAGUGAAUAAUAUUUUUUUAACGAAUUUUUUUCUUCCUGAGGCCUAAAAUGAGUAAAAAUCAUGCAAAAUUAGAGUCAUAUUCAGUAACUCGUACAUUUUAAAAUAAAGUUGGCUACUAAAAUCUAAUGACACUUCAUAUUUUAACUAUCUUUCCUCUAUAAUUUCAACUGAUUAGUUCGUGAUUUGGUCUACAAGAGAUUUUUUAAGAAGUUUUCAAAGUUGUUGACUCAAAAUCGCUUAAUCAACCGUCAAAAUUUAGCACUUUUUCAUGAGCUAAAAAAGCGGAUUGGUACAUGGCUUUGAACACCAAGGCUUGUUUAGCCUGAAAGAGCAUUCUUUUUUCUUCAAAUUAGCGAAGUAAAAUUUUUGGGUAAAUGAAAUCACGAACGCAGACAAAGCGAAGCAAAUGUAAAUGUUACACUAAAGACGGGCGAAAAUCGUGACCUCUGACCGAAGCACAACCAAAUGCGAAUUACGGUAGGCGCCAAUCUUGAAUUAUUCGGUAACUUCUCGAAACAAUAUUGGUCCGAAAUGUGUAUAGUUUUUUUAAAAUAAAGCUGAGCUAAAGUAUUAAGUGUCAAAAAGUCCACAAAGCGGUAAAAAAUACAACAAAAGUCACGAGUAUUAGAUCUGUUCCGCUUUCUGAAUUUUAUGCAGCGAUUUAUGCGAUUUAACGAAUUAACAAUUUUUAAUCCAACGAUACCCACCUGAGACUGUGUUAGUUUAAGAGUCCGUAGAACUUCUCAGAAGAUUUCUCAGAAAGACCUUCAGAAGGAAAUGAAUGAAGAAUUUGAACUUAUAACUGUAACAAUUCCACUUGCCGCCACGGCAAAACGAAAAGAACUGUCGAACUGCCACAGGCAAACCAGCUUUCAGUGCAGUCAUGCAGAGCAUGUCACGUCACGUAAUUCUGCCCCGCGCAUUUGGAAGGGAGGGAAGAAAUUCUUCCAUGCUGUGCGCUAAAACAUUUGUGAAAUAAAACUAGCUUUGGACUGUAUCUUUUGUAACUAGUUAAAGAAAAGAAUAACUUUUUCCCCUGUUUUUGCUCAAGGGGCGCAGUGCACUUCUUUUAUUUUAUCUGCUGUUUAUAAUUAUUGUGUUUCAAGUUCAGAACGUGCAUCUAUAGUUAGCAGUUGGUGUGUUCGAAUUACCGAAUGCUGUAGAAAGGAUAUCAAAGGGCACCAAAGCAGUGGCGGAUCCAGGGGAAUAGUACGGGGGUCCGGACCCCCCUCAGACCUGAUACGAUAGGAUUGUAUAUCACUGUUUAACUGGGUGGAUUUUUUAAUGAAACGCUUGUUGCAUUUUGCCACCAAACUAAAUUCCAGGGAUAUUCAAGAAUGUGACUGUCUUUGGGUACCCUCAGUAAUCUGUGUAUUUCCCGCGCCAACGGCAACUGGCUUUCACAGAUUCAGAAACACGUAGUCGUCUCUGCCUAGUGGGAGGGGGUGUGGGGAAAAGCAAUUUGCCCCCAACAAGUUCAACAGUCCUUUCUGAACCAAAAUUUGGACCUCCCCCAACCCCAAUGAAAAAUUCCUGGAUCUCCUCCUGCAAAGAUGUUACUCUGAGUUCGGAGCCAAUCAAGGCUCAUGCUGGCGCGUGCAAGUAAAUCAAUUUUUUUCGAGUUAUAUUAGAUGCUCACUUAUAGGACGAAAAACAGUACAAUUUUAUUUAUGUUUUAUUUUGUGCCUGAUCAUGUGUAUCCUAGAGGAACAAGAGACAUAUUUGUCGCAAGCCUUUCUAAUCAUUCGAGCUCAUCCGGUUUCCUGUGGUUCGGUGGUUGCUUGUGUUGAAACAUCCCGACUAAAAGCCAACAACAGGGAAUAAGCUCUUCGCAAGCCAAUGAACUAGUGGCCACAUCCGGUUCUCCAAAAAAGAUUUGGAUAAGUUGAAAGGACAAAAUUGAAGGAACUGAUCAGCGAAAAGAGAAAGAAAGCCAGUACAAACAAAAUUAAGAACAUACAUGUACACGAUAUCAUUUUUUCCGAUAUUAGUCGGUUUGCAACACAAAGCUUUGUCGGGGGCUGAUACUGUGGGAUCGUUACCAAAAUUGAAUUUAAAACCAAAGUACAUAAUUAUAAACAUAAUUGGUGAUUACAAAGGUAGUCUAAUAAACCUGUACUGAUGCAAGUAAGGAACCAAAAAUAACGACCUGGCUGUGGUUGAUCAAACGACCGAUCAUUUUUCCAAGUACCGUGUUGAACGAGAUUUUUGCAGGAGUUUAUUUUUGCGGAUUGGCGAUUUUGUGUUUUUUCGGGAACUAAUUUUUGCGAUUAGGACAGACUGGUUUUUCUUGCUGGGGAUUAAUUUUUGCGAUUUCAGAAAGUAUCUAGUACCCAGCAUUGAUAAUAUUUUCGUUUUUAUUAGCUUUUUAUUGGGCACGUGCAAUAGAAAUACAUAUUUUCAAACAGUACUAAGUGUGCGUCAGUAUUUGUUUCUCAAAAAAGAGACCACUUGUAAUUGAACAGACACGAUUUCUUGGUACUGUAUUCUUACGUAGUGCAUUUAAGUUAGAGAAUACAGUAUUUCGGGAAAUAUUUUUGCGGUAAUACUGUUAUGAAAUCCUAUCAAUAAAAUUCAGCCGUGAGUGAAAUAGUGAAAAUGACAAGAAGACAGAGGGGAAAAAGCAAUAACCGUUCAUUCCAAUGGGUUUAAAAUUGUUUAGCUUGACAUUUUAUGUAAGCGAACGGGAAUGACAUAUUUAUUUGUUCGGGAGCGAUGAAUUUUUUUUUAAAAGCACGUUUCAUUAUUGCAAAAAUUUGCCAAAACUUUAACUGAGAGCCAUUGGUAGAUUCUAUGGUAUUUUUUCUCGUUCCUUUUAUUUCUAGUUCUGUUUGGUCACAUGAACCAUGAUGUCAGCUUUUUAAGUUAAGAUAACCAUCUGUUAUGGACAUGUCUCAUAUUAUCUCAGUCGUGACAGAUCAAACCUUAAUUACACUUGGGUUCAAAUGUUAUUACGGAUGGACCUUUAUUACACUUGGGUCCAGUUAUUACACUUGUGCCUUCCACAAGUUCCACUGACAAGAAAUCCGGAUCCCUGAAGCGAAUUUGGUCAAGAGGCAACCAAACAUUUAGCCUCCCUUGGUGGCAUUUUCAGGGGAGUCAUAUUUUCCCAUAUUUCCUCCCUUACCUGAGACCAAGAUAUGUGUCAUUCAUACCCGUCUGUAAAUAAAGCGAAGGGAAAAUCAGAAAAUUGAGGGUAACGUUGUUGAGAUCAAAGGUGAAAAGAAAGAAGAAAAUCACACUUUUCGUUUGUGGGGAGGGAGGAAAAACGCCUGCUCAUCAAGUCCAAGGCGGAAGAGGCACCUUUGCCCUCAAGCGAGGGCAAAGUUAAACAGUGAUAUACAAUCCUAUCGUAUCAGGUCUGAUGGGGGGGGGGGGGGGGACCCCCGUACCAUACCCCUGGAUCCGCCAUUGCUUUGGCGCCCUUUGAUAUCCUUUCUACAGCAUUCGGUAAUUCGAACACACCAACUGCUAACUAUAUAUGCACGUUCUGAACUUGAAACACAUUAAUUAUAAACAGCAGAUAAAAUAGAAGAAGUGCACAGCGCCCCUUGAGCAAAAACAGGGGAAAAAGUUAUUCUUUUCUUUAACUAGUUACAAAAGAUACAGUCCAAAGCUAGUUUUAUUUCAUAAAUGUUUUAGCGCACAGCAUGGAAGAAUUUCUUCCCUCCUUCCCAAAUGCGCUGGGCAGAAUUACGUGAUGUGACAUGCUUUGCAUGACUGCACUGAAAGCUGGUUUGCCUGUGGCAGUUCGACAGUUGUUUUCGUUCAUUGCCGUGGCGGCAAGUGAAAUUGUUACAGUUAUAAGUUCAAAUUCUUCAUUCAUUUCCUUCUGGAGGUCUUUCUGAGAAAUCUUCUGAGAAGUUCUAUGGACUCUUAAACUAACACAGUCUCAGGUGGGUAUCGUUGGAUUAAAAAUUGUUAAUUCGUUAAAUCGCUGCAUAAAAUUCAGAAAACGGAACAGAUUACUUGUGACUUUUGUUGUAUUUUUUACCGCUUUGUGGACUUUUUGACACUUAAUACUUUAACUCAGCUUUAUUUUAAAAAACCUAUACACAUUUCGGACCAAUAUUGUUUCGAGAAGUUACCGAAUAAUUAAAGGUUUGGCGCCUACCGUAAUUCGCAUUUGGUUGUGCUUCGGUCAGAGGUCACGUUUUUCGCCUGUUUUUAGUGUAACAUUUACAUUUGCUUCGCUUUGUCAGCGCUCGUGAUUUCAUUUACCCAAAAAUUUUAUUUCGCUGAUUUGAAGAAAAAAGAAUGCUCUUUCAGGCUAAACAAGCCUUGGUGUUCAAAGCCAUGUACCAAUCCGCUUUUUUAGCUCGUGAAAAAGUGCUAAAUUUUGACGGUUGAUUAAGCGAUUUUGGGUCAACAACUUUAAGCAUUUCUUAAAAAAUCUCUUGUUGACCAAAUCGCGAACUAAUCAGUUAAAAUUAUAGAAGAAAGAUAGUAAAAGUAUGAAGUGUAAUUGUAUUUUAGUAGCCAACUUCAUUUUAAAAAACACGAGCCACUGAAUAUGACUCUAAUUUUGCAUGAUUUUUUGCCCAUUUUAGGCCUCGGGAAGAAAAAAAUUCGUUAAAAAAAAUAUUAUUCACUCGAUGGUACUUAAACCAACGAUUUUGUUACUAGGGCCCAUAGGGCUUUAUUCUGGCUGAGUUUGACGCCAGGUCAUUUUUUGACUAUUUCCACGUCUAGUUGAUAUUUACGCGGAGCCGCUCUUAAGGAUUCAAUACGGCGUUUUUCAAUUUACUGUAGCUGCGUUUUGUGCUUGAUGGAUUGUUUACAACUCCCGUGUAUAUUCGCGUAGAAGAAGCCGUUUCGUGAACUCAGCGUCGGCUCAAAAAUCGAAGUUUCUUUAUGACAAAAAAAAUUUAAAAGGAAAUGUUUGCAGAAAUUCUACGUUUCAAGUAAACAGGAAAAAUAAUGAUACAGGAAGACGACGUCUUACCUCGAGCAACCGAGCCGCCAUUUUUGUCAGCACUUCAUGCAAAGAACGACACAACAAACCCUUUAGGCUAUAAACAUGGCGAGUCAACAAAAAACAACAAAGCUCUUCUUUUCUUCUCAGGUAAGGAAAUAGUUCAAACUUUUAGCGGUUCCAUUUAAGCCAUCAUGCUGUUGUUUGCGAAAUGAUAACUUGUGAAUUGCCAUGUUUGAAAAUUCUGCAAAGAUCUAUUUUUAAACUGCCCUAACUAACAACUAAGGAGAAACUCAACUUCAUAUCAAAAAAACAAAGUGAAAACUACUUCACUGGGAAACAACAACCCCUUCAAAUAUAUAUCACAUUAACUUCAUGCAAAAUGUAGACCUGAUGAUAAGUUUACAGGAAUAGAAACAAACGAUAAUUACAAUGAAACUAUAAAGUUUGAAUGAGCGCUGUAUUUGAGUGUUCUCUCAUAAUUCUGCAGAAGAUCAAAAUUGGAAACUGCAGAUCCUACACAACUGCAUGCAUCAACAUGAUCCAACUAAAGUUUCAUUUUUAAGACUCAAAGUUUACUCCAAACUUUAAACUCCUGUAAGUUUAAUUUGUGAUGAUUAUUUUUUUUUCUAGAAAAGAACUUUUGAAUACAUAAUAGCAUGUUAACUCUAUCAUUCAUUCAUAGCUUUGCUCCAAAAAAACUUAAGCCGAAAACGAUGGACAGAAAGACAAAAGCAUUCACAGAAAAAUUACCCUGUCCAUCUCCUUCCAGGAUCCAAUUUUCAAGCAAAGUAACACCCCCCACAGAAAGCCUUGUGUGCAAAACUUUAGUACCAAAAAAUUGUACACGGAGGAAAUCAUGUCCUUAACUGCGGCUCCUAAAGUAAGAAGUAACUCGUUGUGUGGAUAAUCCCAAACCAAAUUUAUGAGCAAAAUAAUCUAAACUUCGAUCCUUCAAUUAUAAAAUUGUAAGCCUAAAUGUACAGCAGCUAUGCACAUUGUGAACAGAAUUUUUUUUACAAAUCAGAAUGUUGCUGGACCUAUCGAACUGUCGCUCCAAGACGGUCUAAGCGUUUUAAUGAAAACACUCUCACAUUUUCGUAUUCGACAGUUCGGAUAAAACUCAAACUUCUGUAAUAUAUAAUGCUGUAAUAAUGUGCAAAAACAAUGAAAUGUGCAUCGAUCGACAAAAUCACGUUUCGAACUACGCACUUUCGAAAACUGCCACAACCCCGCCGCUUUCGAUCCACUAGCCACAAGCAAGAGCCAUAAGAGGACCUGUCCUAUUAUGGCUCUUGCCACAAGACAAUUUACACAGCGAGACAAUGGCUAAGAAUAUUUCUUUACCUUUUUUAUAAUUUCCUUUUGCACCGAGUGACACGAGAUUAAGUUGAACCAAGCAUAAGCUUAUUUUGCUGCCAUAAACAGUGUAAAAACAGACAUUUAGCAUCUAAAUACAGUUUUUCUAGCAACAAAGUACAAGCUAAGUCAUAUUAACAAAACAAAACCCAAAAAUGUCUGUCCAUCUACUUUCUUUUUCUUGAAUCCGUGAUUAAAAACUUGAACUAAACAACAAAAACAUUUUGG